AUGGAGAGGCAGAGAGGUUCCCCAUUUUCAGAACAUAUUAAUCAGCUGCCCAUACCUGUCAAAUUCAAAAUGCCGACAUGGAAGAUGUACACUAGACUAGAAGACCCAGUAUCCCAUGUUCACAACUUUGAACUACAUACUGAUAUCUUGGAGGUUCGAGAUGAUGCCUGGUGUACGACCACCCUACCAGAAAUCGCCCAACAAUGGUUCUUCAAGCUACAACCAAAGUUAAUUACAUCAUGGGAUGGAUUUGUAUGCAUAUUCUAUUCCCAAUUCUCUUCGGCAAUGCCCCUUCCGGCUGAGUCGAAUGACCUGGUAGACAUAAAACAAAGAGAUAAUGAACCUUUAAAGGACCACAUUCAACGUUUUAUGCGGGAAACCACUAGAGUGAAAUCCCUCAGUGAUGAUGAGGAAUUCAUCAAGGUUGAGGAAGUCGAGCGGAAGGUGGAUAAUCCAUCUCAAACAGCUGUCGAGCAGGGGAAAAUAGAUGUUGAGAAUACCACUAACCCUGCAGAGGGAGGUAAGAAUGGGGCUAAGAACGACAAACGCAGUAAUGGGGCUGGAAGUAGCGGUAACCAAAAUGACAAUAAGAAGCCUAAGACUGUCGAACAGCCCAAACCACGAGAAUAUGUUCCUAAGUUUACUACUUACUUCAUCCUGUUGGAGCCCCGUGCAGAUGUUUUCAACGCUACACAGGCAGUCGUGCCGUACAGAAGACCUCCACCAAUGAGAAAGGAAGUUAACAUACGUGAUAUGACUAAGUUCUGCUAG